AUGGGUGAUCGAUCACGAAGCAGAUCUCCCCGGCCAAGAGAUAAUGGCGACCGAGACCGAUCCAAAAAGUCUGGUGGUUUCCGGUGGAAAGACAAGAGUGACAAGAUUCGCACCGACGAUUCCCGCGGCGAUGAGCGCAGAUUAGAACGCGGAUAUCGCGACCGACCACGAUCGCCACGUCGCGACAGAGAUGGAGACCGGUACGGAGGAUCUCGAGAUCGCAGCCGGGACCGUGACCAGCGACGACGCGAUGAUCGAGAUGCGCCGCGCGAAGGUGGGGAAAUGAAAGAAAAGACAGAGAAGAAGGAAAAGAAAGAGAAGAAACAGAAGAAGCCUGUCAUGCCUCAAUCCUCGGAGCCCAUGAUUGUCGUCCAUGUCAAUGAUCGCCUGGGAACCAAAGCUGCGAUUCCAUGUCUUGCUUCAGACCCCAUUAAGCUCUUCAAAGCCCAGGUGGCUGCCCGCAUUGGUCGUGAACCUCAUGAGAUUCUUCUGAAACGUCAAGGCGAACGUCCAUUCAAAGACCAGCUUACACUCGAGGACUAUGGAGUGAGCAACGGAGUACAGCUUGAUCUCGAGGUCGGAACUGGAGAAUGA